AUCUAAUCGUACUCUUAUCUCUUACUUGGCUUCAUAUGUUCCAAAGAAAUUUGAUCCUUACUGUGUUAAUAUUACAGCGAAAACGGAUCUAAUCCAUGUCCCAAGCUGGAAAUGCAACCAACAUCAGCACGGAUAAAGGGGAGCUGACAUUUUUUGAUCGUUUAGUAGAUGAAACUGCUGAGGAGAAUCUCGCAAGUAGUAGUGGUGUCCUCUCAAGCAUAUUUGGACGGUUUUGGCGUACGCCAGGGACUGCUGAAUCUAAUUCAACCGGAUCUGCAACAUUCUAUCUAGACGAAGCGACCACACAAGACGAGGAGGAAAAGGCUUCCAAUGGUCUCUCUAGUAAUAAUCCGUUAUCUUCAGGAGAUGAUAAAACCAAUAAUUCCGCUCCAAUAAAAGCGACAACGAAUGAGCAAUAUGAUGGAGGAAGAACUUCUCCUGGAGCCAUUAGUUUCAAUAGCCAGGACAGUGAGAGAUUGCCACGGAAAUUUUCUGACAAGCUGACAUACAUGUUCAAGGGAAAUAAGCCUGGACUGCGGGAUUACAACAGGAGCAACUUUCGGCAAUAUUGGAUGCCGGAUUCCACAGGAAAAGAAUGCUAUCAGUGCGAAGAGAGAUUCUCAACAUUCAGGAGAAGACAUCACUGUCGACUCUGCGGCCAGAUAUUUUGCGCAAAAUGCUGCAACAUCCAUGUUCCCGGCUCACCAUUAGGUUACAUCGGUGAUCUUCGCCUGUGCCAUUAUUGCGCUAAAAUGAUGGCGCAGUACUUACCCGAAGAGGAGUGCGUAGAAACUGAAGACGCUGAUGGUUGCCCACUUAGUGACGAGCAGCCGAGUCAGAGCAAUAGUUCACCAGGAAAUUCUGGAAGACCUGUCUCAACCGUAUCAUCCGGUCCUAUGAUGUGGUCUCGUCCAUCUGACAUAGGAUCCACAAAUCGUGCAGAUAGGGAUAAUUCUUUCGCUCCACCCUCUGUGUCCACGAAGCCGCCACCGUCUCUUCUUUGUGCCAAUGAGCUAUAUCUCCAACAUGAGCAGAGAUCCAGCUCGAAGGAAGACAUCACAAAAGGCUUGAAAGAUGAAGACGAAUCCGGUCCAGAUUGGUUUCGUAAUAUGGAUCCCGAUACCGGCUUAUCGAGUAGUGACCACAGACUAAGUGACAAAGAUAUUCAAGCAAUGAAAAAUCACUUCGAUCCUUUGCCAAUCGCUAUCGAAGGAAUAAAGACCGAUCAACCUGAUGAAAAAAAGCAGCUUUCUGUAAGAUCUUCUCUGCCUAUCUCACCAACCAAGUCUCAGUAUGAUGAGGAUAUAGAUAGAGCAUUCGAUGCUCGAGUUGAGCACAUGUUAACUUAUCUAUGCAGCAGAGAGAGAUUGCGAGAUCUUCGGUGGAAAGCUAUCAUCUUGAACCUGGCGAAAGAGAUUGCGUAUACCGUCAAAGUUGAUGUGGCGAAGAGGAAAGAUCAAAUGAAUGUUCUGAAUUAUGUGCAUGUGAAGAAACUCUACGUCGAAGACGAUGAACCCAAAGCUGAGCUGAUUUGGGGUGUUGUCUGCAGUAAAAGUGUACUACAUGAGUCUAUGGCCGAGCCACUUCGUGAUGCAUCAGUAAUGAUUGUAGCUGGUUCGAUUGAAUAUGAAAGAGUCCCUGGACGUUUAUCCACUCUUGAGCCAAUACUGUGUCAGGAGGGCGAAUUCCUUGCAAAGCAGGUUGGGCGAAUAAUGUCGCGACGACCAUCUGUACUACUUGUCGAAGGAAACGUUUCGAGAUUAGCAUCAAACCUUCUGCGCGAUGAAGGUGUUCGGGUAGUUGUGAACGUUAGCGCUCGUGUACUUCAUCGUGUGGCUCGAUCCACUGGAGCCGAUAUCUUGCCAAGUUCCGACGCGCAGUUGAUUCAGCAAAACAUUGGUUUCUGCCCUUAUUUCACACAAAGAUCUGUCGAGUUGAAGGAUGGGCAUACGAAAUUACUUAUCAUUCUUGACGAAUGUCCGCCGGAUAGGGGUUGUAGUGUAUUGAUCAAAGGAUCAAACGCUCGUGAACUGAAAGCAGUGAAACGAAUUCUUCUGUUUCUUACUUCACUGCUGUAUUCCUCUCGCCUCGAGAGAGUGUUUCUCAACAUGUUCAAUGUACGGCUUGCUUACCAGAUCUCUAAUUGCGAGAUUUGCGAAGCACGUCGGGAAAUCAUCGACCAUGAUGGCGAGAAGUCAGACUUCGAGGUGGCCUUAGCCAACCCUGUUCUCAGUGCUUCUCCAUUCAUCGACCACGAGCCUCCUUACCUGAAAUCCGUCAAGGGAAAAAACUGUUCUUUACUGCCGUACUUCAAUGUUCCGGUUUAUCAGUUCUUCAAUGAUGAAGAUUUUGACGCUCGUUUGAAUGAUGAGGACAACGACACUCAGCAGUUUCUCGAUCACCAAAGCGCGGUACCAGUUCCUGAUGACCCUCGGCAUUACUACAGCAAGAAUGGUGCACGCGAUGCCAAUGAUAAAGAUGAUCUUGCCGCAUUUCGUGCUCUCGGAGGGAAAGUUCUCAGGAAGAGACUGCAAAUGAGGAAGCCCAAGGAGCCAGCGCCAACAGUUAGUAAAGAACGUCAGCAUACUCGUCGACAUGAUAUGCUUGAUCCAUAUGUGCAUCAGCGGAUAGCCGUACUUUUUGGUUCGUUCUCGCCGAAAUCUCCAAAUGCGCCCUAUUUUUGUGUCCGACCAUGGGUAGUCAAUAUGGAAUUCUAUGGGCCACAUGAUAUGACGCUUGGAGAGUUUCUCACGAAAUACUGUUUCAACAAGGCAUAUGAAUGUCCUUCGGCAAACUGUGAGGUCCAAAUGCUAGAUCAUUCUAGGAAACUUGUGUAUGGACGAGUCUGCGUUGAGGUUACUACGCAGAUGGUUGUAAGUGGAUCUGAGGAAUCUACCAUUGGGGCAGCUUCACCCGGUCAGAUUUACUCAUGGAAUUACUGCAACAGCUGCAAGACAUCCUCUUCAGUAAUCCCAAUGAGCGCCUCUGUUUGGCACUUAUCUUUUGGUAAAUUCCUGGACUACAUCGCUUACUCAGCGUUUUCGAAGGGAGCUGACAACCCCGUUUCUAAGCAGCCAUGCAGUCACUGCUUCUUCCAUGAGCAUACCCAUUUCUACUCUCUUGGGAACUACGUAGCCUCUUUCAAAGUCACUCCAGUCCGUCCUUAUAGUGUGGAGUUUUCUCCAGUUCAGUGCCGCAUAGUUCCUAACCAGUACACAAAGCAGGCUCUCCUAGAUGGGGUUACCAGAAUGGCUGCUCUGGCUGAUGAUAUCAUACGCACAGCGGAGGAUCGACUUGGUCUUUUCACCAAGCAUGAACACUACAGUCAAUAUGCAGGGACGUUUCACACAGUUCUGCGACAAGUGGUAGACAAGUGCACGGCUUUGGUUGGGGAAAAACGUAAAUACGCGGACGAGUUGAAAACUGUAGAUCGAAACAUAAUUGCUUCAAAUGACAUCUACGCCGUCAAAGCUAAUGAGGCUCUGAUGUAUAUACGUGAGGCCAUUUAUCAACUUAUAACCACCUGGAACGAUCAGAGUACGGUACUUGCGGCGACUGUGCGUGCUGUCAAAAAGACCGUGGAAGAUGGCAACACUGUUUCGGAGACAACUGACAUCGGCUUAGAGAAAAUUGAUGAUCCGUUUCCCUCAUAUCUCCACCUUGGACUGAAACUUCAACCACGAGCAGGUGUUGUAGUUAGGGACAUCAUGGAUUCUAGAGGUAAUUACAAGCCCGAUAUCGGUAGCAUCAUAGCUUAUGCACUUUCUGCCGCUGAUUACGAGGAAAAUCUUCGAAAGCAAAGAGAAGUAGCGAAAGGUGAACAACCGCCACUUAACCUCAACUCAACAAGUGCUGCCACUGACGAGCAGGCUUUGGCGGCAGAACACAUUGAAGUCGAAUUCCAAGACAGCCAAGCUUCAUACUAUGUCAAGGCGUACUAUGCUGCACGAUUUCGACUGCUUCGUAAGCUGCUCUUUGUUGAAGGUGAAGAGGCAUUUAUAAGGUCAUUGUCUCAAAGCACAUUUUGGACUCCUCAAGGUGGAAAAUCUGGAUCGUUCUUCUAUCGAACCCAGGAUGAUCGUUUUGUGGUGAAGCAAAUGUCUCGAUUCGAGAUUCAAUCAUUUGUAGAAUUUGCACCUCAUUAUUUUGAUUAUGUGAAGACAGCUGUAGUGGAAAAUAAACUAACAACGCUAUGUAAGGUCUAUGGAGUAUUUCGGGUUGGUUACAAGAGCAAGACUACCCAGUUGAAAGUGGAUAUCCUUGUAAUGGAGUAUUUAUUCUAUAAACAUAAUGUUAAUCAAGUCUGGGACCUAAAAGGAUCUCUAAGAAAUCGGAUGGCUGCCACAGCAAAGAGUACAUCGGAUCUCGUCUUGCUCGAUGAAAAUCUCAUGAAGGAUCUUUGGAAUAAACAGCUGUACAUAUAUCCUCACGCUAAAGCUGCUUUGAAUCAAGCGAUUAGUAAUGACAGCCACUUUCUCAGUUCUCAGCACGUUAUGGAUUAUUCUUUGCUAGUGGGUGUUGAUGAGACCAAUGGAGAGCUUAUAUUAGGAAUAGUUGAUUACAUGAGAACUUACACCCUCGACAAGAAACUCGAAUCAUGGGUGAAAAUCGUUGCUAUACCCGGAGCACAUCUGCCAACGAUUCUCAGUCCAGAGUUGUAUUGUACGAGAUUCUCUGAAGCAAUGGACACUUAUUUCCCGGUGGUCCCGGAUCAGUGGACUGGUCUUGGUUCAGCGGUAUCAUAUUGAACGUAUAUUGCACUAUAGGUACUGAAUAUUCUAUUUCUCAAUUUCUUAACUCAUAAUUUACUCGCUUCUCCACAUCGCACCUCAAAAACUGGACGAAGUAUGUGACAGAAUUCCCUUUUCGCUAACUCCUCAGUUUGUGUUCUUUACAUAACUUCUUCAACUUAGAGUAAUGGAUUUUCGUAUAUAGUUGAUUAUUUCGUAGAAUUAUGCAGGAUAUCGAUUCUCUUCAACGAGUAUAUGCUGUGAUUCAAUGUGAUGGGCUAAUAUGUUGUGCACGAUUGCCUUAAUUAAGCGAAAUUUUUCAUCUUGUAUAGUUCAACUCCCACGUAAUUAUUUAUCACAUAUACACAUCAGUAAAUCCAAUU